UUCAUAACGUCGUCUAAAUAGAUAGCUGCGACCAUCUUAUGUUUACAUUCAACUUUUAAAUCUCAAUAACUUGGAAUGUACUUGUUGAGCAAUGACAUUUUUUAAAUUAUGUUUGUGAACUGUGAGUAUGAAACAUAAUUCAUGUUAAGUAGCUAGCUAGCAAGCAAGCGCUGAUCGAAGUAACUAGGUUGCAUUGCUAACUAGCUAGCGAUAGCUACUUAAGUGGCUGGCCAAUCUUGACAUUACAGGUUUCUUAGCUAGCUAGGAAAUUAUCCAACUUGACUUAGUGGAGCUAGCUAGCUAAGUCAUCUUGUCUUUUUAACUAUCUAGCUAGAUAACUGUACCUACAGAUAUGGAGCGUGGCCGUGACAAACCACGCCACUCGGACCUACUGCAAAGCAGCACCCACUCCGAUUACAAGAGGAGUGGCUACAGUGGGGAUUGUUAUGCUCAUAAACGCGUUCGGUCCGGCGGUGAAACAUUUCCUUCAGUUCCCCGGUUCCUGAGUACGCAGAGACAGCUGUAUGAGCGCAGUUUUCCCGUUUACAAACAGCCCGUGGAAGUAGGAUUCUUUUCUUUGGACUCUGAGCGAAACUUUUUUAAUGAUUCAAGACAGCUCCGUUACUAUGUUGAGCCUGGUAAAAGUCCCAACUUCAGUCUAAGAGAUGGUUAUCACGACCGCUUCAUAAAAAGGGACGAGGGAGUGAAAGAGGGACUUGAUCAUAUGUUAAGGUGGAUUUUGGAAAACAGGACCAAACUCCAGUCAAAAAAUUCUGCAUCCUCCUGUGCACUAGGUGUAGACUUUGUCACAUGGCGAGGACACUUAACCAAGCUGUUGACCACUCCAUAUGAGACCCAGGAGGGAUGGUUGCUGGCCGCAUCCAAAUUCGGCGGCACCAUUUACAUCAGCGAAGUGGAGACAGAGGCAGCACGAGUUAAUAGAGAGAGUCGCACGGAGAGGCACAAGGAGAUGAUGUACUGGGGUUAUAAGUUUGAGCAGUACAUCUGUGCAGAUGAUAUGAAUGGUGUACCAGAUCAAGGAGGCGUAGUGAACACAAAUGAGGCAUUCUGUACUGUGGUCCAGACCCGUCUGUCUGACCAUAAGCUUCUCUUUUCGGGGGAGGUGGACUGUCGGGACAAAGACCCCAGAAUUCCUGCUCCAGCCUGCUACAUCGAGCUCAAGACCUCCGCUGAAAUCUGCACCCCUAAACAGCGCAGCAAUUUCCAUAGGUAUAAGCUACUGAAAUGGUGGGCACAGUCCUUCCUCCCUGGAGUUCCACAAAUAAUAGCUGGGUUUCGAGACCAAGAUGGAAUAGUGGUGGCUGUAGAGACGUUCCACAUCUCAAAUAUAUCCCAACUAAUCAAGAAUGAGUACAACUGCUGGAAGCCAACAGUCUGUAUGAACUUCUGUAGUGACUUCCUGUCCUUUGUUAAAUCUGUUGUAAAAGAAGAUAAUCCAAGAUUGGUACACCUAUUUGAAUGGGAACCACACAGAGAUGUGAUGUUCUCUGUACACAGAGACACUCAGUAUACGUUCCUCCCAGACUGGUAUGUCAACAGCAUGGAAAGCCACUUUGCUGGAGGCGCACAACCCUUAGACUGAACUUGGACACUGCACAUGUAAUGGCAGAAGCUGGUUAUGCCUUCUGGUGUGACAACGCAAGGAACAGAAGUGUAUGGUAGGCGUCUACCAUAUUUUAUAUGAGAAUAUUGUGGUACAGUCUUCUGCUAAACUACGUUUUGGGUUGUUUUUUUGUAUAGUCAGGCUUGAGUGGUUCUUCGUAGCGUGGUCGCUGGGAAGGACGGAUCCUGGCUUCCUCAGAGUUUAGAUUACUUGUUCCACAUUCCCCUUUAGGAAUGAUUUUUGUGAUGUGUUGUAAAUAUUUCAAUGAGCUGUGAAUGCCAAGACCCAGACACCUGUUGGCUUUGCUGUCAGAAAUCAGUUAAGGACUGUUUUGUUGUUGUUUAAAGGUAUGAUUGAGGUUUUAUGUAAGGUCAUCAAAUUCACUUAAAUCAUGGUCACCACCUAAUGAUAUUAAGCCACUCAAGAAAAACUAGUAAAUAAAUGCUUCAGUUCCUCUUUUAUGUCCAUAAACUGCACUGUACUAAAGGGCGUACCAUAUGUUCACUGUUCAAAUGAGGUCUGUAACUGACAUUUCUGUGUUAACUCAGAAGACAAGUGUAAAAAGUUGUCAAACUACAUUUUAUUACAAUUAAUAUGAUUUCAUUUCACAUUGCCCAAAGGAAGUAAACAUUCAAGUAAAUUAGUAUUAAAAAGAUCAUUUGAUGUGUGCAACUAUGUGUUUAGAUAUAAAUCGCUUUAAUGUUGUAUGAAGUCUGACUAGUUACAGCUUCAAUGAAACAUAGUUAGGACUUGAGACAAUGUAUGUGUCAUUCUGUUGGAAGGGGUAAGUUAUGUACUGAUAAUUCAGUAACCGUGGUCUUGCUUUCAGCUGAAUUUUAUGUCUACUGCCAUUACGGCAAAAUGCAUUUAAUGUAUACAUCAACUGAAAAUACUUUUCACUUUGAAAACAUAAAGUGCAAAAAAAAUCUAUUGCAUUAAUUAUUUUAGCUAGUUCACACUGACAAGUUCAUAAACUACUGUACAGUUGCAAUACCCAUCAUGCAUUUAGAAUAAUCAGCCAAGGCUUGUAUAAAUGCAACUGGUCAUCUGGAUGAAAAAGGCUUAAGAGCCUACUGUUCCAUUCUCUUGAAUUAAAAAGUCAUGUAAAUAUUAAUUAUUGUAGACACUAAAAAUUAGUCAGUGCAGCUGUUAACUACCACUUGCUCAUCUUCGAGGAAAUAUAAUCAUCUCCCCUUUCACAAGUAGUGAGGCUCAAGUAAGGACUGGAUACAGUGGUCUCACACCUCCUACAAUAAAGCAGUUUAAAUUUCUGUAUACGGAUUAUGAAACACUAAACAUUUUUAAAUUAUCAAGUUUAAAAACAAUUGUAGAAUAUGCAUUUGAUUAAAAAUGGCAAAAUAAAUAUUAAAAAAUUAAGUUUGACUGAAUUUUAAAAAAUGAAUGUCAAAACUAUGAUAAAUGACUAUCCAGUUUAAGGCCAUACAGUUGCUAAGUCCAUGGGAGUCCUGAGACCAGUUGCGAUUUAUUUUCCAAGAGUUCUUGUUAAAUUAGGGCUGGGAUAUUUGUGGCAAGAGGUUCUCAUCUCGUUAUUUCACUGAAAAACAUUUCUGGUUGAGAUGGAUAAUUUGAAGUUUUUUGGACCGAUUCUUUUUUUGCACAGGACAUAUUCAAGUGCCAAACGUGACGAGAAAGAAGGCAACACAGAGGCUUACGUUUAUUUGUGUAGAGCCAAUUUGUGAACCCUUUGUCAUUAAAGGAACAAUGUGUUGCAAUAUGUAACAUAUUUACAUCAUAAAAUGGCCAUGAUGCGUCACCAGAGAUAAAGGAAACAUGCUAAAUUGAAACAGGUUUCUCAGUCAACAGUGCCACAGCCAGUAUGUUCUUUGUAAUUUCUGUUACGGAGCAGCAAGUCUGUGUUCCAGCCCACUGCCCAUUAUCCAGUCUCUUAACAACCACGUUGCCACAAUGGCUAAUGUUCUCUUAAAGAGGUUAGCACUGAGCUCAGGUAAGGUUAGCUAGCCUUAACUAAUCAGUCAUGGCUACUAAUAGGG